AACACACCCGUGUCCCGUACGUGGGCACAAUGCAUGGCAUUGUUGUGAAUGGCACGGCUACGGGAAAAGCGUUUUUAAUAUAACGAUAACUAGGUAAUAAUUAUAAUGACAUUUUUCGUUUUCGUCAGACACACGGCGCAGUUUUAAUGAUAUGAUGAUUAAAUUGUUUGCGAAUUUUCCAUUUUGUUUGAAUUGGAAUAAUGUCGGCUGCCCAUUGACUCGUACAAAUUAUGCGUUUUUUGCAGCCUGUAGUUUAAAUACGUCUGAAUAUGGAGGGCUACACAAUCCUAAAAGUAAUCGGUGAUGGGUCUUUUGGUCGAGCGCUGCAAGUCGAGCAGAAAAGCAGCUGCGAACAAUAUGUGAUGAAAGAGAUACGCUUACCGAAGAGUCCGACGGGAAUUCAGAAUUCCAGGAGGGAAGCCGUACUCCUGUCCAAGAUGAAGCACCCCAACAUUGUGGCCUUCAGAGACUCAUUUGAAGCUGACGGACAUUUGUACAUUGUCAUGGAGUACUGCGCUGGGGGGGAUCUGCUACAGAGGAUCAAGCAGCAGAAAAACACCCCGUUCCCUCCCGAUAUGAUCCUGAGCUGGUUUGCUCAGAUGUGUGUUGGGACAAAGCACAUCCAUGAUCAGCGAGUCCUCCACCGGGACCUGAAAUCCAAGAACAUAUUCCUCACCAGCGAUGGCGCUGUUAAACUGGGAGACUUUGGGUCAUCAUGUGUUCUUAACAGUGCAAAGGCCUAUGCGUACACCUAUGUUGGAACACCUUACUAUGUGUCACCAGAGAUCUGGGACAACAAGCCAUACAAUAAUAAGAGUGACGUCUGGUCCCUGGGCUGCAUCCUCUAUGAGCUCUGCGCCCUCUCUCACCCUUUCCAGGCCAGCAGCUGGAAGAGCCUCAUCCUGAAGGUGUGUCGAGGUGCCUACACACCUUUACCUGCUCACCUGCCCUAUGAGCUGCACUACUUGGUCAAGCAAAUGUUCAAGACUAACCCCCGGGACCGGCCCUCGCUGCACACCAUCCUAACCUCGCAUCGUAUCUCUAGGCUUCUGCAGAAGCACCUGCCCCUUCAUGAGCUGAAGGAAGGAAUGAAGGAAGGAAGAACUUCCAGAUGGGAGAGGGAUGAAGGGGAGAAAGUUGCUGCAUUCCUUGGGCAGAAGACCAUAUUGUCAUCGUCUUCAGUGGGAGAAAGCUUUUCUGAAACGUCGGACCCCAUGGGUAAGGGUGAGAGGGAGCGACCUCGCAGGAGGUGGGCAAGGGAGCCGUCGGAGACCGUGCUGGAGGUCCUCGGAAAUGCUGAACUCACCAGCACCUCCUCCUGCACCUCCUCUUCCAGAGAACAUAGGAGUAGCCCAGAGUUCACCCCACGGAGCUUGAUCUCUGAGGAGUCUGAGAUCAGCCAUCGAAGGCAAUGGGACAAGAGCCCCCCCGAGAGGCUGCUGAGUUUGCUGGAAAAGGCUCCCGUUAGCAUGGCUUUCAAAACCUUCACUGUGCUUCGGCCAGAUGGUGACAAUCCCCUGGUCGGCCCUCUGUCCCCAGCACGACGCGAUGACACAGACGGACUUGUGGGAGAUGCCGUUGACGACUCCAGACUGGAGCCACGGUCUGACGACGAAGACACGGACUUUGAAGAGGAGUCUCCGUGUGACUGGGUUGGGGAGCUGGAGAAGAUGAUCACUGCCGGAGAGUAACAACCCACAACUACCAGGAAUAGUUUUCAUGAAAAGUAUUUUUAAGUCUUCAUUCUGUUAAAUGGCCAAACUAAAUGUAUCAAGAUGUUGAUGCUGGGAUUUAUUUUAAACAUAUCUCAACUGCCAAUUAAAUAUUUGUAUUACUGUUGAAGUUUGGUAUGUCCACAGCUCUAAAGCUCUGUCCCAGUUGUCUCAAAAAAUUUGUUUUCCAUAUUCUUCCUGCUCUCAUUUGUUACUGCUGGCAGUGCACUUGGAGACAGAGGUCAUUACUGACUUGGACAUACCUUGUAUUUUGUCAUUUGAUUAUUUGAAAAAAAAAUGGCUUCCACAUACGUCACAAGCAGCAAGGGGUCCUAAUCCAGCCAAAUAUAGCCCGGCUCAUAGGGUGGCCUAGAUAGCGCCUGACUGGAUUGCAAGAAUUAUCAACAGGAAGCGUAUAAUCCAAAGUGGGGGUUGGCGAAGGGGACGAGGGUAUAAAAAGCCAUGUAUAUUUUAAGAGAGCAGUUUAUCUCCCUUUUUAAUUUUUGCUUCAUUUUCACUGCUUCUUGGUUUGCUGGACUUUUAUAAAGCACAUUUUGUAAGAUAAAUCAGUGUGACAGCACUUGCUGUAUGUGCUGAAAGUGCAGCACACUGAUAGACGCACACAGAAGCACAGGUGUGUAUGUAUAAACACUCUCAGCUGCCACACUAGUAAUCGUUUAGCUUUUCUGUGUAUUACUUAUUUGUCAGUGUUACUUCCAUUGUGGCUAAUUCUUAGCCGUCAGUUUUUUUCAUAGUUUUGUAUUCCUAUUAUUUUAUUUCAGGAAGUUAUUAAGUGGAAAUAAUUAAUUUGUAAUUUAUUUAAGAAUUUGAAAUCAACUAUUUUGAUAAAAUGUAAUGCUUGUUUAAUACUUGUGUUAGAUAUCCAGCAGUGAUCAAUAAUUAUUAAUGAGUUAACUGCCUCCUACCUACAUCGUAACUAGAAAACUUGGUGUGAAGCUACCAGCAAAGUUAAAUUUUUCAUUAAAUUAUAUUGGGUCAA